AUGUUGCUGGGGCGUGUAACGCGAUUGACCCGUGUCUUUCCUGCUGCCCGACUACCGCGCAUGACUGCCUCUGCACACACCUGGACGCCGAGUGCGUUUCCCUACCCGGCUGCGCGCCGCAGCGAUGCGUCGACCACGUACGCGAGUGCCCAGCACGGCCAAGUUACCGUGCCCGAACCGUAUGAUUGGCUCGAGGUCCCGCCCUCCCAGAGUGCGGAGACGGCAGCAUGGACGCGCGCACAGGCCGACUAUACGGCAAAAUUUGUGGCUGACUGCCCCGAUAAGACUGAGUUGCUGCGCCGCCUGCAGCAAAACUGGGACUUUGAGCGCACUAGUGCGCCGUCGCUGAAGCCUGAUGGCCGCUACUACUACUCGUACAAUGCGGGUCUAGCGCCCCAGAGCCAGAUUUUCCGUGCGACGCGUGCGCAGAUCGACGCUGCGCAGUGCGAUCCAGCCACGAAGAAGCCGGUCGGCGAGUUGUUCUUUGACACGAAUGUGCUGAGCGAGGAUGGCACGGUCGCGCUCAAGUGGACCUCGUUCUCGCACACCGGACGCUACGUCGCGUACGGCAUCUCGCGCAGCGGCUCGGACUGGUUCAAGAUCUUCCUCCGCUCGACUGAUUCGCCGAUGCUCUCAUGCUCGUCCGGCACGGAGGGCGGCGAUGACCGACUGCCCGAUGUCCUCGAGCACAUCAAGUUCUCGGGCAUUACCUGGACGCACGACGACCAAGGAUUUUUCUACCAGCGCUUCCCUGCGACGGAGCACGAGGACAAGGGCACGGAGAUGGAUGCGAACCAGGACGCGCAGCUGUACUACCACCGCCUGGGCACCCCCCAGUCGGAGGACAUUCUCGUCGUGGACAAGGACCCCGUGACGCGCAGCUCGAUGUGGCACUGUGAAGUCACGGACGACGGCGCAUGGUGCAUCCUGUCCAACUCGAAGGACACCGACAACAAGCAGCGCUACUACAUCGCCUCGCUGCACGAGGGCGUUUCGAGCCAGAUGAAGUGGCAGGCCAUCUCGUCCAAGUUUGAGUAUAUGCUCGAGUACAUUGCCAACGACGGCCCACGCUUUUACAUGCUGACCAACAAGGACGCACCCAACUACCGCAUUGUGGCCUUCGACAUUGAUCCGUCCGCGUGCGAGCCCGUGGAGCAUGUGUCCCAGCUGACAGGCGGGGUGUCGCAGUACCGCGACUUGGUGCCAGAGGACAAAAAUGCGAUUUUGACCACCGCGACGGUGAUCGACAACAACAAGAUGCUCGUGGUGUACUCGCGCGAUGUGAAGGACGAGCUGUGGGUGUACGAUCUGGCUUCCGGUGUGCAGGUCCAGCGUCUCCUACCGGAGCUCGUAGGCACCAUUGGCCAGAUCACGGGUCGUCGUGAGCACAAGGAGUCGUUCGUGUCGUCGGUGUCGUUUGCGAACCCUGGCCGCAUUGAUCGCGUGUCGUGGGAAGGCGUUGAGAGCGACCGCGCGGUGCCGCCCGCAUCUGUGGCCGAGUUUUCGACGACCCACGUAGCGGGUAUCAAGGCGGAGGACUACGUCUCGACACAAACGUUCUUUGCGAGCAAGGAUGGCACGCGGAUCCCCAUGUUCCUCACGUACCCCAAGGACCUGCCGCUGGAUGGAUCCGCGCCGGCGCUUGUGUACUUCUACGGCGGCUUCAAUAUCCCGAUUACUCCUACGUUUUCGCCGUCCAUGAUGACGUGGGUCGCUUCGUACCGCGGCGUGCUCGCCUUUGUGAAUGCACGCGGGGGCGGUGAGUAUGGUGACAAGUGGCACGACGCAGGCCGCUUGUUCCACAAGCAAAACGUGUUUGACGACGUCCUGGGCGCCUGCCGCUGGCUCCAUGAGCACAAGUACGCCAAGAAGGGCCACAUUACAAUCGCAGGCGGCAGCAAUGGCGGCAUGGGUGUCGGCGCCGUGGUGAAUCAGUGCACGGAGGAGCAUGGUAUUGGCGCUGCGCUAGCGGAUGUCGGCGUGCACGAUAUGAUCAAAUUCCCUCUAUGGACGAUCGGCAGGGCCUGGACGGCCGACUACGGCAACCCCCAGGAGGACAGCAAGGCGUUCGACUACAACAUGACGUACUCGCCGCUGCAUACCGUGCGCGCAACCAAGACCUACCCGACGGUGGUUCUCGCGUGUGCGGACCACGACGACCGUGUUGUGCCGGCGCAUUCGUUCAAGCUGGCCGCCGAGAUGCAGCACACGCUCGCCAGCAAUGCCAACCCGAUCCUCCUGCGUGUGGACCUGCAGGCCGGGCAUGGUGAGGGCAAGAGCACGCAGAAACGCAUGGAGGAGGCGGCAGAAAGUACGUGUCAAUCGCUGACCAAAGAAUACGCCAUUGUGGCGCGCGUGUUGGGCCUGCGCAUGGCCGCCUAG